GAACACACCAUGCCCUCCCUGCCCAAGAAAUCCGUGCGCAUCGCCCCGGACACCACCCUCUCCAAAAAUGAGCGAUCGGAAGCUCUUCGCUCCGUGCGCACUAUCCUGGACAGUGUCUCCGCCGAUUGGACAUUCACCCCGCCUCCGCCCACGUCCGUACAGCCCUCGAAAUUCGCGCUCCAGCGAAGUGGCAGUCUGGGAUCAUGGCGUCCCAACGCUGCCAACUACCCGCCCGCCACCCCCCGCGUGAGCGACUCGGAAUCGGAAGACGCGGGCUCCGACUCGUCAUUGGAUCUGGAUCUGGACCUGGACCUGGAGGAUGGUGUUGGAACGUCAUCGUCGUAUCGAAGGGCACUGACCCCACCGCCCAGGCCGAAGCGUGUGAACCGGCGGGAGGCGAAAGCCCUGAAGGAGGGUGUCUGGCGGAGGAGGGAGGACGAUAGUGACGUCGAUGCCCCGAGUAUCGUCAGGCGGGAGAGCGAGAGCGGAAAGUACCCCUUCGAGAGCCCGGACGACGUGCCCACGCCGGAGAAACUGCGGGGGCGUGUGAAGCGGGAGAUGGAGGCGGAGAUGACGUGGAACGAGGGCUUGAGAUUGUUUGUCGCUAGACGGGACGCCUGGACCGGCGCCGUGGGGGAUGAGGUUCCUGUGCGAGAGUCGAGGUUUAAAGAUGUACCCCUUCCCCCUACCUUCCUCACUUCUCGCGCUGACUGGACGCAACCCAGAACCCCCUGACGAGCCUGGUGACUCCCCAAGUGUACCCCCAAAUAUAUAGAAAGGUCGUUGCCGAGGGUGCCAUCCCACCCGUGCCCAUCGCCCUACCGCACGUGAUUAACGCGCUGGUGGAGGGCUGGCAGCACGACGAUAUGUGGCCGCCGAAGCCGACCAAGCCGGAACCGAGCAUGAGGAAGAGGACGGGCGGGGGAAUCAAGAGGCUGAUGGGUAUUAGU